AUAAUGCUUAGGACUAGAAGCAUCCCCUAAAAAAAGAAAAAAGAAGAGAUUUGUCUGAAAGUGGCAUCCUGUUUAACUGAGCCCAAACAACCAGCCCGGAGACACUUCCUUGCAUAUCCUCUCUGAGUUUCCCGAUCUCUGCCGCUCUCAAUCAGUGUCGCCCUUGAUUAAGAACAGCAUCCAUGUUCACCAAUAACCAGAGGCAGCAAGAGCGAACAGGAAGAUACGGAACCUCCAGAUUGCAAUACCUUCAGGAGCUGGUGAACCAGUUUCAGAACGCAUCUGAGAAUGAAACAAAAGAGAAGAUUUUGGCAAAUUUAGCCAACUUUGCCUAUGAUCCUUACAACUAUAACUUCUUACGCCAGCUCAAUGUUUUGGAACUUUUCCUUGACUGCAUUACUGAACCCAAUGAAAAGCUUAUAGAGUUUGGUGUUGGAGGGAUCUGCAAUUGUUGUGUUGAUCCAGCCAAUGCUGCAAUUAUAACAGGAGCUGGUGGGAUUCCUCUUAUCAUUGAAUGUUUAUCAAGCCCAGUUAGAAAUACUGUAAAUUAUGCACUCGGGGCACUUUAUUACGUCUGUAAUGAAUCUAACAAAGAGGAGGUUUUAAAGCCUGAAGUUGUUGAUGUCAUCAAGAGGUAUGCAGCAGCUGAAGAAGUAAGUGUGAGCUUCAGUAAUCUGGCUAAAGCUUUUCUGGACAAACAUCUAUCCGGGAACUACUAAGACAAGAAGGACCCUAAAAUUUACUCAAGGGAUGAAGACGAUUUUCUGAUUUGUCCUUAUUAUGGGAUUCCAUGGAACACACAAUCAAUGAUGCUUGCAUGUUCUUGGAGACAAGCAAAAUGAGACUUCAUUUAAUCGUACAUAUUCAGAGGCCAAAAAUUCUAUCCAAGUAAAAAUUGUAGCGACUAUGCAAGGGAACAAGCCAGUAUUUGAAUAUGCCAACACCUUGCAAAAUUUGUUUCUUACCGUGUCUUGUUAUGAAGAGUAUAGUUGCAGUUGUGGGUCUGGAAUAGUUUCAAUUUCUUCUUAUAUUUGAUAGAGGAUGUAGUAUAUUCAAACUUUUUAAAAUCCAAGUACAUGAUUAACUCAAUCAAUAUUAAAAGAAAUAAAAAUAAAGUUAAACAAUUCUAUAUUUUAAAUUGUGACAUUUUUUU